CGGAAACUUGGGCAAAUGUCACAAAAAUACGUCUCUAUUCUUGUCGCGACCGAGACGGGUGCAGUGAAAUGGUAUGGCCUCACAAGUCUUGGUUUAUCCACCAUAUGUUUAUCAAACUCAGUCAAGUGCCUUUUGUAGCGUGAAAAAACUCAAAGUAGAGCCAAGCAGUUGUGUAUACCAUGAGAAAACCUAUCCCCAGACCUAUCUGAAUGGUAGAAACUUUGGAAUUUCUCAUCCUUCAAUUAAGGAGAGUACUUUUCAGACAAAGAUACCAUUGAACAGAUCACGAGGACAUAACAUUUUGUUGCAGACAAAUACUGCUGCUUUUAAAAACACUGCAGGUGCUACCAAGGUCUUAGGUGCCCGGGCGCAGCCCCCUCACGUUGAAGCACCUUCAUCUGGUACCCGGGGAAGCACCCAGCGAUGGGGAUUGAAGCGUAAGAGUAAAGAGCUAGAGAAUCAAAGUAGCGCGAUGCAGAUUGUUGAUGAACUGUCUAUACUGCCUGCAAUGUUGCAAACAAACAUGGGAAAUCCAGUGACGGUUGUUACAACUACGGCGGCAUCAAAGCAGAAUUGUACCAGUGGAGAAGGAGAUUAUCAGUUAGUACAGCAUGAAGUUUUAUGUUCACUAAAAAAUACAUAUGAAGUCCUUGAUUUUCUUGGGAGAGGAACUUUUGGCCAGGUAGUCAAAUGCUGGAAAAGAGGGACAAGCGAGAUUGUGGCAAUCAAAAUUCUGAAGAAUCACCCUUCUUAUGCACGCCAAGGACAAAUAGAAGUGAGCAUAUUAUCGAGGCUCAGUACUGAAAAUGCUGAUGAAUUUAAUUUUGUAAGAGCUUAUGAAUGCUUUCAACACCGUAACCAUACUUGCUUGGUCUUUGAGAUGUUGGAACAGAAUUUAUAUGAUUUUCUGAAGCAAAAUAAAUUCAGUCCGCUGCCACUUAAAGUAAUACGACCUAUUCUUCAACAAGUAGCUACUGCACUGAAAAAACUGAAAAGUCUUGGUUUAAUUCAUGCUGACCUUAAACCAGAGAAUAUUAUGUUGGUAGAUCCUGUGCGGCAGCCAUACAGGGUUAAAGUAAUAGACUUUGGAUCUGCUAGCCACGUAUCAAAGACUGUUUGUUCUACAUAUUUACAGUCUCGGUACUACAGAGCUCCAGAGAUCAUAUUGGGGUUGCCAUUUUGUGAAGCCAUAGACAUGUGGUCGCUGGGUUGUGUGAUUGCUGAGUUAUUCCUUGGAUGGCCACUAUACCCAGGAGCACUGGAGUAUGACCAGAUUCGUUACAUUUCACAGACUCAAGGUUUACCGGGAGAACAGUUGUUAAAUGUAGGGACAAAAUCUACAAGAUUCUUCUGUAGAGAAACAGAUAUUUCACAUUCUGGAUGGAGAUUAAAGACUCUUGAAGAGCAUGAGGCAGAGACAGGAAUGAAGUCUAAAGAAGCCAGAAAGUACAUUUUCAACAGUUUGGAUGACAUAGUGCAUGUGAACACAGUGAUGGAUUUAGAAGGAAGUGAUCUUUUGGCGGAGAAAGCUGAUAGAAGAGAAUUUGUUAGUCUGUUGAAGAAAAUGUUAUUGAUUGAUGCUGAUUUGAGAAUCACUCCAGUUGAGACAUUGAAUCAUCCUUUUGUUAACAUGAAACAUCUUCUUGAUUUCCCUCAUAGCAACCAUGUAAAAUCUUGUUUUCAUAUUAUGGAUGUUUGCAAAUCUCACUCAAACUCAUAUGAUACAAAUAAUCGCAAUAAAACUUCACUUAUGAGACCAGUUGCCUCAGGCAGUACUGCUAGUCUGACUGCAAAUUUCACCAAAAUAGGCACAUUAAGAAGUCAGGCAUUAACCACAUCUGCUCAUUCAGUUAUGCACCAUGGAGUGCCUGUGCAGACUGGGACUGCCCAACAGACACUGAUUAUCUGUCCCCCAUCAAUUCAAGGUAUUCCUGCGAACCCUGCAAAAGCUGGCAAUUAUUCAUUAAGGGUAGAUAAUGCUGUUCCACUGGUAACACAGGCCCCAGCAAUUCAGCCAUUACAGAUCCGACCAGGUGUUCUUUCUCAGACUUGGUCUAAUCGAGCUCAACAGAUCCUAGUACCCACCUGGCAGCAAGUAACACCUGUAGGGCCUUCUACUGUAGCACUGACUUCUGAGACUGUGGCAGGCCCACAAAGACUUGGAGACUGGGGGAAAAUGAUUUCCCACAGCAAUCAUUAUAACUCAGUGAUCCCUCCACCUCUUCUAGCCAAUCAGCUAACUCUUUCAGCCCCUCAGCCAAUCAGUGUGGGCAUUGCACAUGUUGUCUGGCCUCAGCCUGCUUCUACAAAGAAAAAUAAACUCUGUCAGAACAGAGGUAUUUUGGUAAAACUAAUGGAAUGGGAGCCAGGAAGAGAGGAAAUAAAUACUUUCACUUGGAGUAAUUCUUUGCAGAAUACCAAUAUCCCCAAUUCAGCAUUUAUUUCUCCAAAAAUAAUAAAUGUGAAAGCUGUCGAGCAAGUAAGUUGCACAGAAACACAGGACAAUCAUAACUUGGAAGAAGAAAGAAACUGUUGCAAAACUUCAGUGAGAGAGGAGCCCGAUUCAUCAGUCUCAGAUAAACAGCGGGAAGCCAUCCUCAUUGCAGAUAGCCCCAGCCCUGCAGUAAGUGUGAUCACUAUUAGUAGUGACACGGAUGAGGAAGAUGCAGCACCAAGCCAUUCUGUCAGAAACUGUAAAGGUAGUCUAGAUUGUGAAGCUUGUCAGAGCACUUUGAAUAUUGAUCGCAUGUGUUCACUAAGCAGCCCUGAUAGCACCUUAAGCACCAGUUCCUCUGACCAGUCCAGCCCUUCUCCUGGCAAGAGACCGAACAGUAUGUCAGAUGAUGAACAAGAGAGUGGCUGUGAUACAGUGGAUGGUUCCCCAACUUCAGAUUCUUCAGGACAUGACAGUCCAUUUGUAGAAAGCAGCUUUGUAGAAGACUCCUCUCAAAAUACAGAGUCAAUAGCAACUGUUGACACAGAAACCAAACCAGCUGUCUGUACUGUGGUGGUACCUCCAGUGAGACUAGAAAAUAGACUCGAUUCAGAUGAACAGAUGGCAAAUACAGAUUCCAUAUGUCAGCCAUUAGGAAAAGGUCGAUCUGCCCCUGGAAGAUUAAACCAGUCUUCUGCUAUGAGUAACCGUCAGCAAAAACUGACAACUGCAUCCCAGCAGCAACAUUUGAAUUUCAGUCAGGUUCAACACUUUGGAUCUGGGCUUCAAGAGUGGAAUGGGAACUAUGGACAUCGGAGACAGCAAGCUUAUGUCCCAGCUACUGUUAGCAGCCAUCCCUUCGCCUUGUCCCAAGGGAGUCCAAAUCAUACGGCGGUGCGUGCCCCUCUGGCCGGGACUACACCCCGCGCAGGGCAGCCUGCUCUUCUUCCUUACCCGCCGGCCGCACCCCUUGCUACUGCUGCACCAGUUACCCACCUCUUAGCCUCUCCAUGUACCUCAAGACCCAUAUUACAGCAUCCAGCCUACAGUAUUUCUCAUCCCAAUGGCAUAGUUCAUCAAGUCCCAGUGGGAAUCAAUCCCCGUCUGCUCCCUUCCCCAACCAUUCAUCAGACUCAAUACAAACCAAUCUUCCCACCACAUUCUUACAUUGCAGCAUCACCUACUUACACUGGAUUUCCACUGAGUCCAACAAAACUUAGCCAAUAUCCAUAUAUGUGAGAACUCAAAUA